CAGCAUGCAGUCCCUUUAGAUUUGGGUGUGAUAACUAACCACAUCCUGCGCAUUGGACAUUUGGCUUGCAUCCCCAUAUCUUCCUGCUUUUCUGAAGGAUACAAUCUUACAUUGUCCUAGGCUUGAGCAGUAAAGGAUAAAUUUGAUCACUGGCUGACGUGUCAUCUCUUCAUUGUGAUGGAAAAAUGGUUGCCUAAAAUAAACCCUUUGUUAUGCUGCUAAAACUGCCUUUGAAUCCAAGAUCUGUUGUGAUUUUUAAAACACAAACCCAAAAAUGUCAGAACCCGACCCUUCAUCUGGAUUUGUAGGAAACAUGGAAAAUGGGACUUUUCUGGAGCUGUAUCCCACAUCCCUUUCAACUUCAGUGGAUUCAUCGCCUGGCCGUUUAUCCAACGUCUAUGUCUAUGUUUCUAUAUUCCUUAGUCUCUUAGCUUUUCUCCUUUUGCUAUUGAUCAUUGCACUUCAGAGGCUGAAAAACAUAAUUUCUUCCAGUUCCUCCUACCCAGAAUAUAAUAGUGAUGCUGGAAGUUCUUUCACUAAUUUGGAGGUUUGUAGUAUUUCUUCCCAGCGCUCUGCUCUCUCAAACCUUUCUUCAUGAAACUAAAUGAAAGGAAACCCACGGGGAAUGGAAGGGCUUUGUCUAGUUUCUUGGGGAGGUAGUGCAUGCAACAUUUGCCUUAGAAGACUAUUAUGAAGAGGUGGCUUUUAAAGUUUCCUUAGGUUUUUUUUUCCUUUCCUUUUCUAGUCUUCAUUUCCCCUUUUACUAAUGUUCUUUUUCAUUUUGGACAAUGGAUAAUGACACUUGAUCAUCGUUUCAUGCCUGUAAUAGUGAUGCUGUCUUUUUCUCACACAUAUACAGUGUUCAUUAAGAGUAUUCCUGCCAAAUUGUAAUACAGUUCUAACUGGAUGUGUCAUUUUUCUGCUCUAGUUGUGACCCCUUCCUUGGUUUUGUAUCAGUAAUAUGCUGACUACUUUUCUUUCUCCUUUUUUAAUUAGAUAAGGACUUCUGGAUGAAAUCCCUAUUGCAAAAGUAUUAAAAAAUCAGCUUAAAUUAUAAAUAUUAGGACAAUUCAAAGUUGUUGGCAUUGUUUCUUUUUUUUAAUUUUCAUGUCUUUUUCUAGUAUUUAUUGAUGUUUAUAAAACACAACUAAAAUCCAUUUCUUGAAGAAUGUUGCUUUUGUUUAUUCGUACUCCCAACUCGUUCUGUAUAAAGUCUCUGUAUUUCAGUUUUUGAGUCUC